GUCCUUGCAUAUGUUGACAUUUGCAUGUACCGUGAACUGUAAAACAUGAAAAAGUGAGCUAAAUAUCUGUUUUCUGUCUGAUGAUGUAAGACAUGCCUGAUGUCUCUGAGUGAGAACUUUGCACCAGGCAGUCCAGACUCCUGGCUGUCCGAGCAUGAGAGUGUAGACUACAAUGUCUUCUACGGUAACAUGAACUCCGUGAUGUUCCAUAAUGAUGUGCAUAGUUGUCAGUUCCUCAAGGAGAUGAAGGUGCUGUAUGAUGAUGGCCAGUUGACGGAUGUGACCUUAAGUGUGGAUGGCCAUAAACUGCCCGCCCACCGUGUGGUGCUGGCAGCCGCUAGUCCAUACUUCAAAGCUAUGUUCACACUGGACCUGAACGAGAGCAGACAAGAUGUGGUGGAACUGUUCGAGGUCGACUUUGAAUCAGUAAGCCAGGUUGUGUCCUAUGCUUACACAGGAACCCUGGAAAUUUGUCAGCAAAAUGUUCAAAACCUGCUGACGGCAGCUUCAUUGUUUCAGGUAAUACCUGUCCAAAAGGCAUGUGCGAGGUUCCUAGAGACACAGUUAGACAACAGUAACUGUGUCGGCAUUUACUGCUUCGCCCAGGCUCAUAGCUGCCUCUCUCUCCAAGUCAAAGCUCGAGAGCAUAUCGAAAAGAACUUCAUGGAUGUUUUUCAGUACGAGGAAUUUUUACGGCUUCCCAAGGAUAAAAUUAUGGAAAUUGUUGCCAGUGAUGAACUUAAUGUUGACAAAGAAGAUAUUGUCUUUGAAGCUAUAUUAGCAUGGGUUGAAGCUAAGGAGGAGGAACGAACAGUGUUAAUGGGACAGUUAAUGCCACAUGUUCGAUUUGGUCUCAUUUCUUUACGUUUUAUGCAAGAAAGAGUGUUGAAAAGCAAUUUAAUUCUGAAAGACCAGAGUUGUGUUUCUCUACUACAAGACCUGAAGGAGUUUGAAAGCAGUCCUCAUUCUUACCAGGGGGAGAACACAUUCAGCUUGUCGUUACGUUCUGGUAUGAUCAAACCAGAGCACUGCAUGUUACUGCUGGGAGGAACAGAGAACCGCCGACCUUACAUCAACUGUUACAACCCCCUGACAAGGGAGUCUUUUUUCAUGGAUGACUUCCCUGUGUCUAGGAGAUAUGGAGAUUUUGAUGUGGAGAGUCUUGCUGGUGUUGUUACCGACAAAAACCUCCUGUUUGCUGGGGGUGGGAACUAUAUUUACCACUCUGACAGCUGUGAGCACUUUGACUCGGAUGAUUCUUUAGAUGAAUUUGAGGAAAGGGUUGUGAGUAAGGAUUUUUAUCGCUAUGACAAUGAUCACAACAAGUGGGUUGCCUUGGCACCCAUGUUAUUCCCAAAAUCAAACUUUUCUCUGGCUUCUUUGGGUGGAAAGGUAUACUGUUUUGGGGGUUUGACAGAGAAUCAACAUCCCACUGAAAUCAUUGAAGUGUAUGACAUUGACAAGAAUCGAUGGAGUUACCAGGGCAUGCUUCCAACGUCACUGGUGGAUCUGUCCUGUGUUGUCCAUGAUGAGCACAUCUUUCUUCUGGGAGGACGUACAGGUGUUGGUGCCCAUAACCUCGUUGUCAUGUAUCACCCUGUCAAAGGCCAGUGGAUCUCCAGACCGGGAAUGCUUACUCCCAGGUUCAAUUUUGGUGCAUGUGUGGUUGAUGAAGAAAUCUACAUAGCUGGUGGUCAGAUCUAUUCCCAAAGUUCUCACACUAUCAACAGGCAAGCUCUCAAGUCUGUCGAAAUAUUCAGUAUGACAAACAACCAGUGGCGUCCAGGCCCUGAACUGCCAGAGGCAAUAUACAAUGUGGGACUUGUUGUUGUAAACAUGGCAUUGUAUGCGUGUGGCACUACAGAGAGUUCACGGCUAACGCAACCAACAUAUCGCAACAUCGUGUGUCGACUCGACUUCAGUCGGGGACAGUGGGACAUUAUAGAGCAGACUCUUUGUGACAGCAGGAACUACAGCUGUAUUGCUGCUAAGCUCCAUACCAGGAAGCUUUCACAGGUGUUCCGUCCCGACGUAGACACAUAGCCUUGAGAUUAAUCCUCAGUCACAUUACCAUGGUAACAUACCUGAUGUUACAAAGCCUCAACCAUGAUCACCAGUCACAUUAUCAGGCCUACACUUGCUGUAUAUAACCUCCUGCAUCAUUCAAGACUCAUUAUGAGAGGUGUCAUUCAUGACUUUAAACUGAAAAAAAUACCUGAUACAAAUAGCUUCCGUUUCCCUUUGUUAUUGUUUGUGUAAGUUAUAUAACCAUGUACAUUACUUGUUUUUCCAUUCAUCACAAGGGGGAACACUGCAUCACUAUAUAUUUCAGAGAUGCCAUAGCAAUACCCCCAGGUUACCCUUAACUACAGUACGUUUCCUGGGCAGAUUGGUCUGUGGUUAGAUAAAGUUUUCCCCACAAAGAUGA